AUGGAGAUCCAGAUGGACGAGGGCGGCGGUGUGGUGGUGUACCAGGAUGACUACUGCUCCGGCUCGGUGAUGUCGGAGCGCGUGUCGGGCCUGGCGGGCUCCAUCUACCGCGAGUUCGAACGCCUCAUCCACUGCUAUGACGAGGAGGUGGUCAAGGAGCUCAUGCCGCUCGUGGUGAAUGUGCUCGAGAACCUGGACUCGGUGCUCAGCGAGAACCAGGAGCACGAGGUGGAGCUCGAGCUGCUUCGCGAGGACAACGAGCAGCUGCUCACCCAGUACGAGCGCGAGAAGGCGCUAAGGAAGCAGGCCGAGGAGAAGUUCAUCGAGUUUGAAGAUGCUUUGGAACAGGAGAAGAAGGAGCUGCAGCUGCAGGUGGAGCACUGUGAGACGCAGACACGCCAGCUGGAGCUGAAGGCCCGGAAUUACGCUGACCAGAUUUCCCGGCUGGAGGAGCGUGAGUCGGAAAUGAAGAAGGAGUACAAUGCCCUGCACCAGCGCCACACAGAGAUGAUCCAGACAUAUGUGGAGCACAUCGAGAGGGCCAAGCUGCAGCAGGUCGGAGCCAACGGCCAGACGGAGGGCAGCCUGCCCGGGAGGAGCAGGAAGGAGCGCCCCACCUCGCUGAACGUCUUUCCCCUGACCGACGGCAUGGUACGUGCACAGAUGGGGGGCAAGCUCACGCCUGCGGCGGACCACUGGCGCCUGAGUGACCGCAGCCAGCUGCCAGCCAGCUCCAGCUAUCAGUGUCCCAAUGAUGAGAUGUCCGAGUCGGGUCAGUCCUCCGCAGCCGCCACGCCGAGCACCACUGGCACCAAGUCCAAUACGCCCACGUCUUCCGUGCCCUCAGCCACGGUCACACCCCUCAAUGAGAGCCUGCAACCCCUGGGGGACUACGGCGGUGGUACCAAGAGUGGCAAGCGGGCACGUGAGAAGCGCAACAGUCGCAACAUGGAGGUGCAGGUCACACAGGAGAUGCGCAACGUCAGCAUAGGGAUGGGCAGCAGUGAUGAGUGGUCUGACGUCCAGGACAUCAUUGACUCCACCCCGGAACUGGACAUGUGUCAGGAGCAGCGUCUGGACCGAACUGGCAACAGCCCCACUCAGGGCAUUGUGAACAAGGCUUUCGGCAUCAACACCGAUUCCUUGUACCACGAGCUGUCAACUGCUGGGUCAGAGGUCAUCGGCGAUGUGGACGAGGGUGCUGACCUACUAGGGGAGUUCUCAGUGCGCGAUGAUUUUUUUGGGAUGGGCAAGGAGGUGGGCCACCUGCUGCUGGAGAACUCACAGCUGCUGGAGACCAAGAAUGCUUUGAACGUGGUCAAGAAUGACCUCAUCGCUCGGGUGGACCAGCUGUCAGGGGAGCAGGAGGUGCUGAAGGGGGAGCUGGAGACCGCCAGGCUGGCCAAGAGCAAGCUGGAGACCAGGGUCCGCGAGCUGGAGGAGGAGCUACGGAGAGUGAAGUCAGAAGCCAUCACUUCCCGACGUGAACCCAAGGAGGAGGCAGAGGACGUGAGCAGCUGCCUCUGUACAGAACUGGACAACAUACCCAUGGCCCAGCGCCGCCGCUUUACAAGGGUGGAGAUGGCCCGAGUGCUGAUGGAGCGGAACCAGUACAAAGAACGGCUGAUGGAGCUGCAGGAAGCUGUGCGGUGGACAGAGAUGAUCCGAGCUUCUCGGGAGCACCCGUCGGUUCAGGAAAAGAAGAAGUCCACCAUCUGGCAGUUCUUCAGCCGGCUCUUCAGCUCCUCCUCCAGCCCACCGCCCGCCAAACGCGCUUACCCCUCAGUGAACAUCCACUACAAGUCGCCCACCACAGCCGGCUUCAGCCAGCGCCGCGGCCACACCCUGUGUCAGAUCUCCGCCGGCAGCCGGCCGCUGGAGUUCUUCCCCGACGACGACUGUACGUCGUCGGCGCGCAGGGAGCAGAAGCGAGAACAGUACCGCCAAGUGCGUGAGCAUGUGCGCAAUGAUGAUGGGCGGCUGCAGGCCUGCGGCUGGAGCUUACCUGCCAAGUACAAGCAGCUGAGCCCCAAUGGGGGUCAGGAGGACACUCGCAUGAAGAACGUGCCGGUGCCGGUGUACUGCCGCCCCCUGGUGGAGAAGGACCCCACCAUGAAGCUGUGGUGCGCCGCAGGCGUCAACCUGAGUGGUUGGAGGCCUAGCGAGGAGGAGCCUGGUAAUGGAAGCAAGCCAGUGCCGGGCCGAGACCCCCUGACCUGUGACCGUGAGCUGGAAGGGGAAGCCUCUAGCAACCACACAUCUCCGGAGAAGAAGAAGGCCAAGGAACUGCACGAGAUGGACGCCACCUCCAGCCGUGUCUGGAUCCUGACCAGCACGCUGACCACCAGCAAGGUGGUGAUCAUCGAUGCCAACCAGCCGGGCACUGUGGUGGACCAGUUCACCGUCUGCAAUGCCCACGUCCUCUGCAUCUCCAGCAUUCCUGCGGCCAGUGACAGCGACUAUCCACCUGGGGAGAUCUUCCUGGACGGGGAUGUGAACCCUGAGGAACCCGGUGCCGACGGGGUGCUGGCUGGCAUCACACUGGUGGGCUGUGCCACCCGCUGCAACGUGCCCCGCAGCAACUGCUCCUCCCGAGGGGACACCCCAGUGCUGGACAAGGGGCAGGGGGAAGUGGCUGCUGUUGGUAAUGGGAAGGUCAACCCGGCUCCGUCCACAGAGGAGGCCACGGAGGCUACCGAGGUUCCUGAGCCCGGGCCCAGUGAGCAGGAGGCGGCCACAGUACGACCUGGGCCCCUCACGGAGCACGUCUUCACUGACCCAGCCCCCACGCCGCCCCCCAGUUCUCGGCCUGGCAGCGAGAAUGAGCAAGAAGCCGAAGCCACUGGAGCCCAACCAGAGCCAGAGCCCAGUGCGGACCCCGCAGGGACCAGCAACAGUGCCGCUCCCACAAUGUGGCUGGGAGCCCAGAAUGGCUGGCUCUAUGUGCACUCGGCUGUGGCCCACUGGAAGAAGUGCUUACAUUCCAUCAAGCUGAAGGAUUCCGUCCUAAGCCUGGUGCAUGUGAAAGGACGUGUGCUAGUGGCCCUGGCUGAUGGGACCCUGGCCGUGUUCCACCGAGGAGAAGAUGGCCAGUGGGACCUGAGCAACUAUCACCUGCUGGACCUGGGCCACCCACACCACUCCAUCCGCUGUAUGGCUGUUGUGCACGACCGUGUGUGGUGUGGGUACAAGAACAAAGUGCACGUCAUCCAGCCCAAAUCCAUGCAGAUCGAGAAGUCGUUUGACGCCCACCCUCGAAGGGAAAGUCAGGUGCGGCAGCUGGCGUGGAUCGGCGAUGGGGUGUGGGUGUCCAUCCGCCUGGAUUCCACCCUGCGACUGUACCAUGCCCACACCCAUCAGCACCUGCAGGAUGUGGACAUCGAGCCUUAUGUCAGCAAGAUGCUGGGCACAGGCAAGCUGGGCUUCUCCUUCGUGCGCAUCACAGCCCUGCUCAUUGCAGGCAACCGGCUCUGGGUGGGCACCGGCAACGGUGUGGUCAUCUCCAUCCCGCUGACUGAGACUGUGGUCCUGCACCGAGGCCAGCUCCUGGGGCUCCGAGCCAAUAAGACGUCACCCACAUCUGGGGAGGGUGCCCGCCCAGGGGGUGUCAUCCAUGUGUACGGCGAUGACAGCAGCGACAGGGCGGCCAGCAGUUUCAUCCCCUACUGCUCCAUGGCGCAGGCCCAGCUCUGCUUCCACGGGCACCGGGAUGCCGUCAAGUUCUUUGUCUCCGUGCCAGGGAAUGUGUUGGCCACCCUCAAUGGCAGCGUGCUCGACAGCCCCUCUGAGAGUCCCGGAGCCCCUGCCACUGGCCCAGAUGCUGCCGACGGCCAGAAGCUGAAGAACGUUCUGGUGUUGAGUGGAGGGGAAGGCUACAUCGACUUCCGCAUCGGUGAUGGCGAGGAUGAUGAGACUGAGGAAGGCGGAGGGGACUCGGGCCAGGUGAAGCCCGUGCUGUCCAAGGCGGAGCGCAGCCACAUCAUUGUGUGGCAGGUCACGUACACCCCGGAGUGA